AUGUACACCAUCCUCGCAGUCGGCAUGCUUCAUCUCAACCGCGCCUCGCCCAGCAAAGAGCGAUCCAUCGCGGAAUCUUACUUCUGGCAACACGCCCUCCAACAUUACCAGAAAGCCCUAUCAUCAAAACUCAGCAAGGAUAAUGUUGACGCAAUUCUAUCCAGCUGUAUGCUCAUGAGCGUCAUGACUGUCUGCCCCGAGAACUUUCAACCCACAGAUUCCUGGGUCCUCACAAACAAACCGGAGGCCAUGAACUGGCUAUGCCUACAAAGUGGACUCCGUUGUAUUUUGACUCUUGCAUCGCCGUAUAUACCAUCCAGUAUCUGGGCCACUGCAUUUGCAGGAAUCGACAAAGAAGGAGAUGAGAUUUUUGAUAGCCCCCAGCAAGGCCGGGAAGGUCUUGAUCCAGAUUUGGCAGAUCUUUGUGGGAUCGAUGACUUUACGACGGAGAAUAUCAAUAUCUACUACAGUCCGCUUCGGAUUCUCACCCCUCUCUUAACAUUGGAACGAGAUGCCUCAAACUCCGGACAUUGUACUUCCUUCAUGGGCCGGUUAGAGUGUGACUUUGUUAACCUCUUGAGGGAAAGAGAUCCACCCGCCCUUAUCAUCUUGGCGCACUGGAUGGGUCUCAUGUGCUGCUUAUCACAGUGGCAGCCGUGGAUAGAAGGAAGGAUUAGAGGGGAGUGUACUGCGAUUUGCAUGUUUCUGGAACAUAGUACCGAUCCCCGGAUUUUACGACUUUUACAAUUCCCGGCGGAGGCAUGUGGAUAUAAGCUCCAUACCGAUUCAUGA